AUGAGUUGUCAAGCGCGUAAACUCGUAAAUUAUGAAGAAUUUGUCAAAUUUCCGUCGAUAAAAGGUGUGAAUACUCACAAUGACGUCAAGUUAGAUUUGAAGCUGGUCGAGAAAUAUUUCGAGGUCGAAGCACUAGAUGAAACACUUGUACGUCAUCGAAAUGAGUAUCAAACACGACGAGAGCAUUUACAAAAGCGUCAAGAUGCCUUACAUGAAAAAGAGAUUAUGUUUAAAGAAAGAAUUCUCAAUUAUGAAAUGUAUAUCAAAGAACUAGCGAUGAAACGCGAUCGAUCGUUGAAGCGUAUUGACGAUGAGAAAACGUUUAUUCGAAAUAAACUCGCCGAAAUUGAUGUACUCAAAAAAGAAAUCGAACAGAUACAUGAAGAGAAGCAAAAACUACAAGAGAUUAUUCGUCAAUAUCAACCACAUUCUAAUCUGCUUACUCAAAUUCUGGAUCGCACUGAUCGGUUUCAUUCGAUUGAUGAAAUGAUCGAAAAAUUCGAGAUGCUUCACGCGAGUUACGAAGACAUAUUGAUGACAAUUAAAAAUUCAAAUGAAGAAUUAAAUGAGGUACAACGACAAUUGUUGUCAACUGUGGAAAGAAAAAACAACAUAAUAUCGUCGAUGAACAAUCAAAUAGAUGAAUUGCAGCAGACUUACACAGAUGUCCAACAACGUAUUGAGAAGAUUCAAACAGAAAUUGAGAAUUAUCAACAAUUGUCGAAAGAACGUUUAGCCGAAGUUGGAGCCAUAAAAAUAGCCAUUGAAUCAAUGUUCGAUUUAGUAAAACGAUACAGUCACCAAAGCAGACGGAAAGAACUUGAUUUUGAUGAAAAUCCAUUGAUUCGAUUACAACAAAUAGAUACAUUUCUCAGUGAUUUAACUUAUUAUGUCGAUUAUAUUAAUAAUAAAGAAAAACAAGCGAUGCCCGAACGAUCGUCAAAUAAUAAAGAAAACAGAAAAAUGCAAUCAGAGUAUAAUUCAGAUGCACCUGACAACAACAAUCAAUGGGGUAUUUCUUGUGAACUUAAUCAACAAGAAAUCGUUGUUUCGACAAACGAUAAGCAUGCCGCAUCAUCUUAUGUGUCAUACAAAGUUCGUGGUGAAGAUAAUGUGGUAUAUACUGUGCAAAUAAAUCGUACACAGACACGAAAAAGUUUGUCAUCGCAUAGUACUGAAACCAAACAGAAUUCGGUUAAGACCAGUAGAAAUACACAAGCGUAUUCAAAACUUCCAAAUCAUUUAUCGGAUUAUCGUGUUGAUAAGAAGUAA